AGGCCGUGUAACAGUGAAUAACUUUACUCGGAUAACAUCUGUUGGAGUGAGAGGAUUGAACCUCUGCUUCAAUCUUCACACUCCAUUUAUGGCUUCCCUCUGCUCCAAUCUUCACACUCCAUUUUCCUUUCUGGUUCUUCCCCGCCAAAAUACGGUUUCCAGUUACUUUUUCAUCAAUAUCUGGGUAAAAUUCAAUCUGAGAAGGUCGCCAACAACGAGAACAUUAACUUGCAAGAUAGCAAGUUCAAGGGGCCCUGACAGUGAGAGGGUAGUCAAAAGUAAGUUUGAGAAAACCAUGGCGAAGCAGGGAGACAAAAAAUUUGUUCAUGAAGGUUUAAUUACCGAAUCACUUCCCAAUGGUAUGUUUCGAGUUCUUUUAGACAAUCAAGAUUUAAUUCUAGGUUAUCUUUCCGGAAAGAUAAGAAAGAAUUUUGUACGUGUAUUGCCUGGAGACAGGGUUAGGGUUGAAUUGAGUCCUUAUGAUUCAACCAAGGGACGUAUAGUUUUUAGGCUUCGUAACAAGGAUGCAAGUGGAUAGAAGGAUAGAUUUCCAAGAAAUCUAUGCUCUUGCAAUUAGUUAUUAGGAAUUGAGGUGAGGAACCUCCAACUAUGAAAACAGGGUUCUGUGGAGUAUAGGAGAAAAAAGGCGUUUCGAUAUCCUUUGAGAAGCACCUCAGUUGAUCGAUAAAUUGGUUCAUCGAUAUGGCAAUGAGUUUCUUGGUAACUUGUCUUAGAUUUGGACAAGUUUUACCUUCUCUAGGAGCUUGAAUGAUUUAGAGAUUGGUGAUAAUUAAUCUUGUAAAAGAAUGAGUUUUAUGAUCUUUAUCAACCUUUCUUUGAAUAGUUUCAAGAAUGAAUUUCUUUGCUUGAAUUGAAUUGUAUUUAUUUUUUUAAAUUGGUGAAUUUUCAUGCACAAUUUACAUCUUUACGAAAAUUUAUUGCACACGGAACUUCUUGAAUUCAAGGAAUCCUUAGUAGAAAUAUUAACUAUGUUAAAGAGGUUGAAUUAGAGGGAAAUAAAUUUAUUACUAAGUUUUCUCACAAACAGGAUAAAAAAAUGAAACCCUGUUUUCAAUGAGCGGAAAGCUGAUGAUACUGCCAAGAUGCGAUCCUCGUGGGCCCAAACCUCGUUCUUAAAUUUACAGCGGGGAGUAGCAGUCAGUCUGUGUCUGCCCAAGCCCAUGAUGACGUAAUUAGCCCCGUUGAGAUGACAUAACUUAUA